AUGAGUCGAAGCAGCACCAGCAGCAGAGCUGAAAAGACAGUGACAACCAUGCUCUGGGGCUGUGAGCUAAAUCAGGAGAAGCGAACUUGGGCCUUCAAGCCCCAGAUGGCAGGGAAACAGGACUGUAAGGUGUUGCUUAGUACGAUUUGUUUAGGGGAGAACGCCAAUGAGGAGAUGAAUCUCGUGGAAAUCCUGCCCUCAGCCAACCAGGCGAACAAGAAGACACAGCCGAUUACUAUUGCCUCUCUUCAGGCCUCCAUCCUACCCAUGGUCUCCCUAGUGGGAUUGGAGUUUUCCCCACCAGUCACUUUUAAGCUCCGGGCUGGCUCUGGACCUGUGUUCCUCAGUGGUCAGGAAUGUUAUGACACUUCAGACCUAGCUUGGGAAGAGGAGGAGGAGGAAGAGGAGGAAGAAGAGGAAGAAUAUGAUAAUGAAGACGAUGAUGAUGAUCAAGAUGUGUCCCUGCCUCUGGAGGAAACCCCUCUGAAAAAAGCCAAGAGGCCGGCACCCCAGAAGCAAAUGAAUGUUACUAAGAAAACAAAGAUGGAAAAAGAAGAGGAGGCAGUAAGAUCCAGUGUUCCAGACAAGAGCCCUAUGACAAAGGUCAGAGUUACACCCAGAGCUAAAAAGCCUGUAUACAAGAAGUGA